GUCGCCAGCGCCCGCCGCCUGCGCAACAACCCAGCCCCGCAACAAAGCACCACGCCCACGCCCGCGGCCCCCGCCAGCCCCGCCAGCGUCGCCGCUGCAAGCGCCUCCGCCGCCGGACAGAGCACCCCUGCCGCCGGCCCCGCCGCCGUUGGCGCUUCGGACGUCGCCCGCCCCCUGGCCAACCCUGCCACGCCGUGUUUGUUCGGCGCCUGCGCCUGCAGCUGCCCGAGCCCCGACUGCCCCUGCCCUUUCACCAUACCCUCCAGCAAAAUCGUUCGCACAGAAGACCUGGUCGCCAUCCCUGGCGGCUUUGCCAUUGAGCGCGACAAACGCAACCGCGACGUCUACAAGCAGCAGCAGUAUGAGCUGGGCCCGUCGGCGGACGGCCGCGCGCGCCGCGGCCUCCCUUACCAGCCGUGCGUGAGGUGCCGCGACUGCAGCCGCUUUGACGGCUGGUGCAAGAGCCAUUGCAACGACUCGUGCCCGGCGGGUGGGGACGGCCGCGCCGCUGGCCGCGCCGACGGCCGUGGCGGCCUCAUCGUCGAUGAUGCGCGAGGCUGA